AUGAAGUGGAAGGAGGAGGAAGGUCAAGAUCAGAGAAUAUCUGAAGCACAUCGCAAGUUCUUGACAGAGCAAGUCCCGACGAUGAAGAUCAUCUUUCGUGAUCAAAACUUCUUGGUGAUCAACAAACCAUACGACGUGAGGAUGGAUGGUGAGCAUGAGGUCACAGUGGAGAAGUUGGCUGCACAGAUUCUGCUCGAGGACAAAGCGAACGACAGAGAAGGAGGGCAAGGAGAAGAGGCGGCAAAGACCAUCCGAUUUCCUCAUCGACUUGACUUUGCCACGAGUGGGGUGCUGUGCAUAGGAUUAAGCAGGCGAGCGACAGGAGCAGCAGGAAAGCUUUUUGAGAGCAGGUCUGCGUGCAAGGAAUAUCUUGCCAUCUGCUACGGCCGUGUCGCUCGAGAGGGCAUGAAGAUAGACAAGCCCAUUGCUAAUCGCCUUGUCAAGGAAGGAGAAGAUUUUGUGAACCCAACGGGCUCAGAUGGAACCAAAGCACCGAGGAUGAUGCUGCACGCGUGGAGGUUGACGAUGAAGCUGCCGGAGAAGAUGUGCGGGAAGCAAGUCUGGAUUGCCGAUGAUCCGUUCAAAGAGCUGCUGGAAGAAGAGGAGACAGUCAAGGAGCUAGAAGCUGCGACAGGCUGA